AUGAGGUUCUUUGCCUUCCUCGCCUUUGCCGGCCAUGUGGCGGCCUUAUGGCCUGUCCCUCAAUCUUUCACCAACGGAACUUCUACUGUUUGGAUUGCGGAGGACUUUAAGGUCUCAUAUAACAAUCAAGAUCUUCCGCGCCCAAAAGCUGGAACCAAAACGAUCGCAAGCUUGGAGAUUGUCGCGGCCGCUGUGCAGAGGGCUCGUGAAUCUAUCUUCGCAAGUAGUAUUGUUCCUUGGAAGUUCCAUCCACGCAAUGAGCUGGAUAAAUAUGAACCCCCGGCGGCUGGCCAUUCAAAGACGUAUAUCCGGAGACUCCAGAUCACCCAGACGACAAAAGACGACAAAUCAACAUUCAAGCCCCUCGCAGGCACAGUUAAUGAAAAUUAUAACUUAACUAUCGGAACUAAUGGCGAAGCAACCAUCUCGGCAGAAUCAUCUACUGGAGUUCUCCGUGCUCUGGAGACUUUCACACAAUUAUUCUAUUCGCACUCGGUCAAAGGCACUGGCGUGUAUUCCAAUCUCGCCCCCGUCAGUAUUAGUGAUUGGCCAAAGUUCAACCACCGAGGCUUGGACUUGGAUGUUUCCAGAAACUGGUACCCCAAAGAGCACAUCCUCCGGACUAUUGAUGCCCUUUCUUGGAACAAAUUCAAUCGUUUCCACAUCCACAUGACCGAUGCACAAGCCUGGCCCCUGGAUGUCCCCGCGCUACCAGAACUAUCUAAAAAAGGAGCGUAUCACGAUGGACUAUCCUAUACGCCUCAAGAUGUCGAAGAUAUCCAGAUCUACGGUAUCUACCGUGGUGUCGAGGUUAUCAUUGAGAUAGAUAUGCCUGGCCACACAACAGCCGUUGGAUUCGCAUACCCAGAGCUCGUCACCGCAUUUCGUCAGCAGUCAUGGCAUGAUUAUUGCUCUGAGCCCCCUUGCGGGCAACUCAAGCUUAAUUCCACGCCGGUCUACGACUUUGUCACCAAACUGUUCGAUGAUGUGCUACCCAGACUCUCUCCAUAUUCGGCAUAUUUCCACACAGGUGGAGACGAGAUUGAAAGUAGCGACUACCUUCUGGAUGACACUGUCAACUCCAAGGACGUCGCAGUCAUCACCCCCCUACUUCAAAAGUUCGUCGACCACAGUCAUGACUUGGUCAGGAAAGCAGGCCUUGUACCAAUUAUUUGGCAGGAGUUGCUUCUCACAUGGAAUCUUACCAUUGGAAAAGAUGUCAUAGUUCAGACCUGGGAUGGUGCUAAAGCCCUUAACGCGGUAACUUCGCGAGGACACAAAGCUCUCUUCGGAGAUACCGACAGCUGGUACCUCGCCUGUGGUCACGGAAAAUGGUUCAACUUCGAAAACGCCGAUAUCCCAGCCAACUACCCGUACGCUGACUUUUGUUCACCCAUUAACAACUGGCGUGUGGUGUGGGAAUAUGACCCAACCGCUUCUCUGUCUGCUGAGCAGGCUAAGUUGGUUAUUGGAGGCGAGAUCCAUCUCUUUAGCGAGCAAAGCGAUCCAUCAAACCUGGAUCCGAUGGUCUGGCCACGAUCGUGCGCCGCGGGAGAAAAUAUGUGGUCUGGGCGGAAGACUCAAAGCGGGCAAAAUAGGAGCCAGAUUGACGCAGCUGUAAGAUUGUCUGAUAUGAGAGAGAGGAUGGUGCUGCGGGGAAUCACUCUUGCACCUGUUCAGAUGGCGUGGUGUACACAAUAUGGUGGUGACUGCACGUGGUGA